AUUACGACGAGGGCUUUCCGCCAUCCCUCACCGUGUUUGCUCUGAGGCCGCCUCCUAAGCUAUCGUAACAGGCCCGAGGGUUGUUGGGCACAGACUCCAGCGCGACCAUGUACUUCCCCACAGCAGCGGCUCGGCAGCUCUGCACCGUGCCCGCCUUGCCUCUGCUCGAGCCCGAGCCGGUCCUGUGCAUCCGCCCGAACGCGCGGCGGAACCUGUUCUGCAGCCUCACCCGGAGCGGGCUGACGGUGUGGCGAGUCCGGCCCUCGGCGGUUCUUUCAUAUCUUUCGCGAACGCCGACGUCCUUGGCUGAGCACGGGGAGAACGCGUCCGCGCACUGGUCUCCGGACGGGAAGAGGAUCAUCAUCCAGACAAACGCGUCUUUCCUGGUGCUUGUCGCCGUCGACUAUGACCCGAACGAGACGCCCUAUAAAGCGCCGCCGCUCGCGCCCAACGCGCAGCGAAACUUCCUGGCUGGACCGGGUGAAUCUCUGCCGUUGCAAGCAGUGACCCUGCGCUUCGAGGGGGUGAUCCGCAUAGAAGGAACACUACGGAGCGUGUCUCCCCGAAAACACUACAUCCUCUUCUCAACCCAGGAUCCGCCUGCCGUCCAGCGCAUCCCGUGGCCCGACAUCGGAGACGAAUCGAACUCUGCGAAGAAGUCGGACUGGGUCGGAUAUGAUACGUGGGUCCUCAACGACCACGAGCUGCCUUGGUUGGUGGACGCGAACGUGACGAUUGCCGAUAUAGGCUACUCUCGGGCCAUGGGCGUUGAUACGUGGAUCACGUCGGACGGACGGGGGUACAUUGCUCAACUCAUAGACAGCAGCCUAAGUCCUCCCAGCGCUACCGAUCUCGGCACGGUGGACGAAGAGGCCCAUCAAAGAUUCGAGGGGAAACUUCCGAAAGCUUCGAUGGACAGCACCGCGUCUCAGACGACUCUCCAGUGGCAGGGUAUCUGCAUACACAACUUCGACCCCCCGCGCUGGGUCGGCAAGCGGCGGCAGGUCGACGCAGAUUCGAGCGACUCGAGCGACUCGGGCUACUACGACGAGCCCCGACGCGCUGUGGCGAUCGCCGUCAACGGCAAGUUCUCCGUCAUCGCCAUCGGGACCCAUGGCGGAGCGGUGCAUCUGUCUAAUCUGCCCUCCGAAGAAGGCGCGGUGCCACGGUCUGACACCCUGCAGAUACCGGCGAGCCAUCUGUCUAAGAAAACGGGGCCCGUGCGAGUCAUGGAAUGGAGUUCAGACGGGUACGUCCUCGCCGUCGGUUGGCAGUACGGGUGGGCCGUGUGGAGUGUCGGAGGUCGGUGCCUAGCAUGGGGUUUUGGGACGGUGGACGAGGUGGACGAAGACAGGUUCCAGGACGCGUUUAUGCACGGAGUACGGGACCUGUUCUGGGCGCCAGGUAACUUCGAGCUGUUCGUAUUGGCUCAGUCAUCCCCGAACACGGAGGACGGUCAACUAUUCGUGAUUCCGUUCGCGAAAAGUGCGGCUACCAGCCAACACUCGCCGGCACGUCUGCAGCACCUCGACAAUACCCGCUACGCAUUCCUACAACUGGACGAUCGGAUGCUUGUCUAUCGGGGAGCGGAUCAACCAGACAUGAGCGUCAUCAAUCCGGAAUCCGAUGUCCCGCACGACUACAUCGCUGCGAAUUGGCCAAUACGCUACUCAGCUUUAAGCACGGAUGGUCGACUCAUAGCAGUAGCGGGCCGGCGGGGGCUGAUCCACUACAGCUCAAACUCCGGCCGAUGGAAGUUGUUCGCCGACGAGAUGCAAGAGCAAGCGUUUUCUGUCCGGGGAGGUUUGGUGUGGUUCCAUCAUGUCCUCAUCGCCGCGGUCGAAGUCUCUCGUUCAUAUCAGGUACGCCUAUAUUCGAGAGACCUCGAGCUCAGCAACAAGAACGUGCUUCAUCGGGAAAUCCUGUCGUCCCCGGUUGUGAUACUAUCCUUGGUGGACAACUCGCUCCUGGUGUAUACCGCGGACAACACGUUGCUUCAUUAUCUGAUUAUCCCGACGCCUGACUCCAUCAAGUUGCACCUCUGCGGAAGUAUCACCUUCGAGGGUGUCAUCGCCAACCCAAAUGCCGUACGAGUGCUCAGUUGGAUGAUCCCCUCGGCACAGAAGCAACUGGGCGACCCAGCCGACGACAUGUCAGUGGCUACUGUGCUCAUGAUGGUCGGCGGAAAACUGGUUUUACUCAAACCACGACGAUCAGGAGACCAGGAGGUCAAAUACGACAUGCAAAUCCUUGCCGACAGAAUCGAGUUCUGCUGGAUACAUUUGCGGGGUAUUCGUGCGCUAGAGAACUCGUUAUGGGGAUACGACGGACAGGGCGUUCGUGUCUGGCUCAAUGCACUGGCUAUCGAGGCUCCGCCUGCAGAUGAUGCAUCGGAACCCCAAGACAGUGUCAAGGAGAGCGUGAACAUGCCUCUCGACUUCUAUCCUCUGUCGGCACUUAUGGAUAAGGGGAUCAUCAUCGGUGUUGAGCAUGAGGUAGUCACCAGGUCGAACCUCCCGUUCGUUAUGUUUAGGCAUGCGACGAGUUCCCAUCUUUUCUUGCAUCAUAUCCUCCUCUUCCACCUCGAAGCUGGGCAGGUUCGCGAAGCUGUACAGUUCGCCGCGGAAUACGCAAAUCUCGUGUACUUCGCGCACGCGUUGGAGAUGCUACUUCAUGACGUGGUGGAGUCCGAGUUCGACUCUGCUAAUUCCACGGCCAAUGGCACGAUCGACGGAGAAGCUGCGGGUGACGGCGUGUUGCCGACCGUAGUGGAGUUUCUUGAUCACUUUGACGAGGCGCUCGACGUGAUCGUCAAGUGUGCCAGAAAGACUGAGGUUACACGAUGGCCAAGGCUCUUUGACAUUGUCGGAAGUCCACAAGCUCUCUUCGAGACUUGCCUAGAAACCGGUCGCCUGACAACGGCUGGAUCGUAUCUGCUCGUGUUGCAUACCCUUGAGCAACUCGAAGGUAAUGCUCGUGAUGACGCGGCGAGGUUGCUGCGCUCUGCGCAAGAGGCAGGCGAAUGGAAGUUAUGCCGAGAGCUCAUGCGCUUCCUAAGGAGCGUUGACGAGAGCGGCAACCUGCUGAGAGAGGCAUGCGAAAAGGCUGGCAUCCUGGAUAGUGCGAGACCAGCUGAUGAUCAGGGUCAGAGUGUGGAACAGACGGAAGCAAAAGUGGACAAUGUCAGCGUCAGUGUAUCAUCAUAGUGGUUCUGUUUAUAUACCAAGUCAUAUACAGUGCAU